GUCCAGAUCAAUGUUAUUGUUGUCAUUUGUUGCCAUUGUUCACUAUUGGGGAUACCUUUUCAUUGAUUGUAAUACAUGUAAUCGGAUUACAUAACCAUUAUUAUUCUAAACUAUAAUGAAUACAUUAUGUCAUAUUCUAUGUUAUAUAGUUUUAUAUCAAAUUCUAUGUAUUACAUGGAUUGGAAAAGUUGAUUCAGGUCAUUCAGAGAAACGUUUAUUAAAAUAUUUAUUUGAUCAAAAACGAUGGGAUGCCCACAAUCCAAUGGAACGUCCAGUUUCAGUAGAUGGUAAACCUGUACAAGUAUUUCUUAAAUGUUUCCUUAAUCAAAUAAUGGAUGUAGAUGAAAAAAAUCAAGUUCUAUCUACAAUCAUUUGGCUUGAUUUAAAAUGGUCAGAUUAUCAUUUCCAUUGGAAUGCUAGUGACUAUGAAAAUAUUCGACAGAUAAAUUUACCACCAGAGAGAAUAUGGAAACCAGAUAUUCUAUUAUAUAAUAGUGCUAGUGAAAAAUUUGAUCAAAUUUUUCCAACGAAAGUCAUUGUUAGAAAUACUGGAAAUAUUCAAUGGGUACCACCGGGUUUAUUUCAUUCUAUUUGUGAUAUUGAAGUGAAUUGGUUCCCAUUCGAUUCACAGAAUUGUAUAAUGAAACUUGGAACAUGGACUUAUCAAGGAAAUACAGUAGAUUUAAAAUUACAAUGUGAUAAUGAAACUGAAGAUGUGGAUCAACCAUGUCAUUAUAUGAAUGAUGUUGAUUUAUCUACUUAUUUAGCUCAUAGUGAAUGGGCUUUAGAAAGUGCUUCCAUUAAACGUAAUAUACAAACUUAUGGUGGUGAAGAUCAAACAUACAUUGAUGUUACCAUUUAUGUUUAUAUGCAACGUCGUGCAUUGUAUUACAUGUUCAAUAUUAUCAUACCAUGUAUGAUAAUGUCAAUGAUGGCAUUACUUGUAUUCACCUUACCACCUGAAGCGAAUGAGAAAAUUGUAUUAGGUGUUACCACUUUACUUUCGUUGACAAUGUUAUUACAAUUAGUAGCUGAUAAACUGCCACAAACAUCAUCAGGAAAUCCUGUACUUGUCUUAUAUUUCACAUGCACAAUGAUCCUUUGUUCACUCUCAUUGGUAUGCGCUGUGGUUUUGCUAAAUUGUCAUCAUCAUACAGGAGGUAUUGUUUAUGUACCAUGGUGGAUUGAAACAUUAAUUAAUAUAUGGUUAGCAAGUAUUCUAAGAAUUGAUCAUGAUCUAUCUGAUCCUAACAACAAUGAUAAUAAUAAUCACCAUGGUGAUAAUAAUAAUAAUAAAACGGAACCAAAUUUGAAAAAUUCUAAAGAAAAAUUAAUCCCUAGUGAAAAUUCCUUUCAAUUAGAUCAAUAUGAUUAUGAUAAAAUCAAUUAUCAUAUACACCUUAAUCAUUCAUAUAAUAAUAAUAGUGGUAAUGGUAAUAAUAAUGCAAGAAAUGCUACAGUUUGGUCCAAUAUCAUUGAUAUGAAUUCGGAAUUUCGUCCAGCAAUUGUCAUUCAUAAACCAUUCAAACAUGAUAAUAAUCAUAAUAGUAAUAUGAAAAAAUCUUUAUUCAUGAAUCAAUUCAAAUUGAAAUCUGAAUUACAAAGUAGAAUUCAACAAAAUUAUUUCAUUGAUUUGGAUCCGGAUUAUGAUCGUGAUCGUGGUGAUCAACAUCAAUUAUCAACAGAUUUAUCAGGUAAACCAUUGAAUAAUAUGCCUUAUCAUACCAUUACUACUACUACAAUACCAGAGGAUAGAGGAAAUAGUCGAACAAAUGCAACUAGUCGGUUACAAUAUACAUGCAAACGAAAUUUAACUGAAAAGUCAAAAUAUUUCAAUAAAACAAUUCCAAGAUUUCAUUUAUCAUCAUCAUCAUCAUCAUCAUCAUCUAAUGAAUCUCCACAAGAUUCAUCAUUAUCUUCAUCACCAACACCACUACCACCAGCAUCGUCGUCGUCGUCGUCAUCAUCAUCAUCAUCAUCAUCAAGAUCCACAGUAUUUUCAUCUCCAAAUAGAAUUACUGAUCCAAGUAGUUCUAGUCCAUUCAAACAGAAUCAUAAUAAUAAUGAUUCUAUGAAUUUUGAUAUAAUUCUAUUAAAAUUAAAACAAAUUUCUAAUGAAUUACGUUUUAUUACAUCUGAUAUGCAUAAUAAAGAUAAAGAAAUAAAAACAUCAAAUCAAUGGCGUUUAGCAUGUCGUGUAUUAGAUCGUUUAUGUUUAUUAAUAUUUACUGCAUUAAAUUUAUUUACUACAUUAGGGAUAUUAACAUCAGCACCAACUGUGAUUAAAGCAUUCACAUCAAGAGGUGCACCAUCACAACCAAUGUAAUAUCUAUGUAUGUAUCUAGGUAUAUAUGUAUGUAUGUAAGUCGGUAUGUGUGUGUACGUAUGUUGUAUGUUUGUUAAUAUGUGUGUAUGUAUGUAUGUGUAUGCAUGCAUGUAAGUAUGUAUGCGUGUGGUAUGUAUGUAUGUGAGUAUGUAUAUGUGUGUAUGUGUGUAUGUAAGCAUGUAUGUGUGUACGUAUUUAUGUAUGUAUGUAUGUAUGUGUGUGUGUUUGUAUGUAGUAAGUAUGUAUGCAUGUAAGUAUGUAGGUAGGUAUGCAGGUAUGUAUAUGAUAACUUACAUUGAGUACUUAACUUUUUGUUCCGUUUUUCAAUUUUUACACUGUUUGUGGAUUAUUCUAGGUAAAUAAACUUAUGCUGGUAUUCUCUUCUUUGUUUCUUUCUCUCUCUCUCUCUCUUUCUGUGUGUGUGUGUGUGAGUAUGUUACUAGGGGGUUUCAAUGUUUACCAUUGGAAAUUGCUCUUGUUUUUCCCAUUGAUUUCAUUAUACGAUAUGAUUACAUAUUUAAAUGUUAAUAUUUAAUACAUGUAAAGUCAUAUUACGAAAUUGAAUUACUUAUAAUGAUGUUAAUAUUUAAAUGGAUGUUCUUUAUUGUUAUACAAGAAAUUUUGUCUAAAUUUAA